UAGUGGCACAAGUGGUGGGCUUAGGGCGGUCGUGAGUCAGGAUCCCUCCCCAUAUCGCCUCUGGAGGGUUUAUAUGUUCGAGCGGAAUCAUUUCCGUUUGUGUUGUGCGGUCAGCUUGUCUGGAGUGUAGUGAUUCUUCCAACGUUAUUCACAUCAGGAGUUCGUUUGAGAUCGCCGCCAUGAAAACCCUGUCGGCGCUGAUUCUUCUGUUACUGGCGACAUGCGCCCUCAUCAAGGCGGACGAACAGACACGUUCGGCCUCCCCGAUACAGGACAUACCGGAGCAGGGCCUGGCUGCGGAUGAAGAUGACGACGAUGAUGAUGAGGUCGCCCUCGACGAUGAAACUGACGAUACGACCGAGCAAGUAUCGAGAGAGAACCCUUGUAACAAGAAGCAGUGUCAGAGAGGGGAGGACUGUGUUAUUCGUGACGACAAACCAAAGUGUGUGUGUGUGCAGAGUUGUUCAAAUGUCAACAACCCCCGUCACAAAGUGUGUGGCUCCAAGAAUACGACCUUUGACAGCGAGUGCCACCUAGACCGCGAGGCCUGCCUGUGUAAAGCCAAGUCGCCCGAAUGCUCCAACCCCGCCUUUAAGAAACUCAAGCUCAUUUACUUCGGAGCAUGUCAGAACCUUCCGCGGUGUGAUGACGUAGGUAUGAGUCAGUUUCCUGCGCGGAUGGAGGGUUGGCUCGCUAUCAUCAUGGACGUCGUGGCUGCCCGCAACGAACUUGGAGCUUACGAGGAGCUGUUGACUGAUAGCCUUCAUCAACGUAUUAAUGCCGUCCUUUGGAAGUUCUGUGAACUCGACACCCAUCCUCAGGACAGACGUGUCAGCCGAAGAGAACUUCAGAUGGUCAUCGCCUCAUUACGUCCCAUGGAGCCAUGUCUGGUGCCUUUCCUCAACAGGUGUGACGCCAACAAUGACCGUAAGAUCUCGCUGAAGGAGUGGGGCUCCUGUCUGGGAUUGGAACGGAAUGAAAUCGUGGACAAAUGUAAAAACCUGAGGAAAAAGGCGAGAAAAAAUUAAGCGCCUGUGAUAAAUAACAAUACCAGCAACUGUUUGUUUUGUACCGAGAGACUAUAGAAUGUUAUCUACUGUAGCUGUAGCGGUGGAGUGCCAACUCAGAUGUCUGAGAUAACUCACAAUGAUACACGCUCCUCGACAUGUCUGGACCAUGUUGUGUUCAUGUUAUACUACCAAGAGCAAUGUGUGUGGUACAAACAAAUCAUGUUCUGGUACAGGAGCCGGAAUAUAUUUUGCAUCUUCAUCGGCUAAUUGUGUUUUAAAGAUCACUUCUUUAUAUAGAGUUUCAUAACAUUUUCACUUUCUCAUUAAAAGAACUUAAGUGUCUUCAAACCGAUUAGACAUAAACUCAACGAAUGUUAAAAAAUAUUUUAUUACAAUAAAUAGUGCCUUGUGUUA